ACCCCAUCAUUAGGACUUCUAACUCCUCUUUUUCUCCCUCUACAGAGAUAUACACGAAAGCCAUAUAUAUAUUUCUUCCAAGCAUCUAAAAUAUAUCAUUAAUUCACGAAUACCUGUUUAAUUGUUUGAAAAUGAGAUGCAAGCCAGCAGUAGACAAACCAAAGCAUAAGCACAAGAAGGGACUUUGGUCUCCAGAUGAAGACCAGAAGCUCAAAGACUACAUUAUUAAGUAUGGUCAUGUCUGUUGGAGCUCCGUCCCCAUCAAUGCUGGCUUAAAAAGGAACGGAAAGAGUUGCAGAUUGAGGUGGAUUAAUUAUUUAAGGCCAGGCCUAAAACGAGGGGCAUUUAGCAUAGAAGAGGAGGAAACUAUCCUGACCCUUCAUGGCAUGAUAGGCAACAAGUGGUCUCGGAUAGCACACCAUUUGCCUGGACGGACUGAUAAUGAGAUUAAGAACCAUUGGCACUCGUAUCUAAAGAAGAGAGUGGACAAAAUAGCAGAAAGUGAAGGCCAGAGCCAAAAUAUAGAUGGAGUAUCUUCUUCUUCUUCUUCUUCUUCUUCUUCACUGAAGUUGGCUUCGCGAAACUCUAGUUUGAACUCAUUUGUACAAACAGAAGGAUCAUUGGCAGAUACAGAUCAAGAUGUUUCACCGGUGGAUUUCUUAAAUGAACCUCGUAAAAGCAAGUUUCGUAAAGUAUUAUUCGCGGAGUGGUUUUCGUUAGAUCAAUUUAAUGGCCAGGAUUUCCAGAAUUCAGAUCUUUCCAAGAAUAACUUGUGCUACAAUAGUUCAGAGUUCCAAGAUGCUUUCAUGAUGAGUAAAGGUGCCUAUGAGAAUGACAUAAAUAUUCAAGGGAUUAACAAUGAAACAGUAGAUAAUGAUAUGUAUCAAGCACAACUCAAGUUUGAGGAUCAGUUUUCUACAAAUGGAUUUGAAGAAUUGUUAUCUGGUGAUUUCAACAUAAACGGUGAUAUCAUGUACAUAUUAUGAGUUCCUUUAGAGAGUAAUUUCUUUGUAAGUAGUUUUAAAAUUAAUAAACCAGGACCAUCAGUGCUUUAAGGUCAUGUGUUUCUUCAUAGUGAUAACAGCCCGAGUUAAGCACCAAUUUACCCUUAUUUGUUAGCAUAAUACUAAAUCCUUUAAUGAUUUGGCUUCAGAAAAUUAGAAUGCUAUUAAGUUGGUGCAUAGAAAAACAGUAGCAACAACAAGAGGGAUUGAAUGAACUGAGCAGAAUUAUAUUGCUGGAGCUACAGACUCAAGAUUUUUAUAUUUUUAAGAUAUAUUGUCCCUCAUUGGCUAAGAUAUAUUCUAUCAAAAGGGUAAAAAGUAAGAGGCUUCAUAGAAACUUCCUCUCAACCAGAACAAAUUAAGAUACAUUCCCUUCCUUCUCAUUUCCUAGUUUAUAAAAUGUUGCCACUUAAGCUUUUGGUUACUUAUAAAUGCUCAACUCUCUGAAAUGUUGUCCUUGCUCUCUUUCUUUUUUUUCAUUGAUCAAGCAUUAAAAGUUUUCAGAUGGAUUGUCAGAGCCUCCCAAUUACGAGAAAUAGACAAUGAACAAAAAAAAUCCCAAACCCUCCGCAACAUCACAAAUCAGCCUUCUUACCAAAAGAGGCUACUUUUGGAGUUGGCCAUAUUGCUAACAUGGAAGGUUUCUUUCAAGUUUUUUCAAUACAGUUUGACAGAUAAUUAUCUCCAGGAGCAUAAUCUCACAAUGUUGUUUCUAAU